AUGCAGUGGACCAUUGCCAACCAACAUUCAUCCCCUGUCACUAUUGCUGAAUUCAUAAAUGCACUCUUUGGCAUUGACUUGGUUCAAUUUGUGAUGCAACAGAAACAAGAACAAGAAGUGGAAGAUGAUUGA